AUGCCCAUGCCGCCGCGCCCGCAACCUCAACCAAUGCCUGUUCCGCCCCGUCCGCAACCGCAACCCCAGCCGAUGCCUCCGCAACCGAUGCCGCAGCCGCAACCAUUCCCGAGACCAACCCCUGGCCGCGACCAGCCAUCCUGUCCAAAUCAUCUCGAAUGUCGCAACAUUGAUGUAAACUUCCAUCGUUUCCAAUCGAGGGAUCCCUGCACUUUCACAUCCACGAGGUUUAACGACUGCACCGCCUGCUGCCGGAAAAACUUCCCCCGUCAAUUCUGGGGAUCGAUGCGCUCCUCCUUCACCCAGCAGCGUGGCCAAAGCGCGUGCACCUGCUGCAGCACCUCUUUCUGCCGUGGA